AUGUCCGGCCGUUUUGUUCGUUCCUCCAAAUAUCGCCACGUCUUUGGGCGAUCGACGAGAAAGGAUCAAUGUUACGAUAACCUUCGAGUCUCCCGAAAUGCCUGGGAUACCAAUCUCCUCAAGGUCAACCCGAAGCACAUCGCCGUCAAUUGGGAAGCAGGUGGUGGUGGAGCCUUCGCGAUUAUCCCUCUCGAGGAACGAGGCAAGCUGCCCGAGCGCAUCCCAUUGUGUCGCGGCCACACUGCCGUCGUUUUGGACACCGACUGGAAUCCUUUCAAUGACGACUUGAUUGCCUCGGGAUCUGAUGACGGAAAGGUGCUCCUCUGGCGAGUCCCCGAGAACUUCACGGUGCGGCCUGAUGUCAACUCCGACGACAUCCAAGAUCUCGCGCCUAUUGGCAAAUUGAGUGGUCACCCUAAGAAGAUCGGCCACGUGCUCUUCAACCCCGCGGCAGAGAACGUGCUGGCCACGGCCUCGGGCGAUUAUACCGUCAAGAUCUGGGAUAUCGAAGCUGGCGCACCGAAGCUUACGCUGAACAUCGGCGACAUUGUGCAGUCGCAAUCGUGGUCUGCCAACGGCUCCCUAUUGGUCACCACCUCGCGUGACAAGAAGCUCCGCAUCUGGGAUGUGCGACAGGAGCGUCCGGCACACGAGACCAAUGGCCACACCGGUGCCAAGAACAGCCGAGCUGUAUGGUUGGGAGAGCGGGAUCGCAUUGCGACUACCGGUUUCUCCAAGAUGAGCGACCGCCAGCUGGCGCUGUGGGAUAUCCGUGCCGUGCGGGAACCCGUCAAUGGUUUCAAGACCUUGGAUUCCAUCUCUGGUGUUUGCAUGCCUUUCUGGGACGAGGGAACUAGCUGCCUGUUCUUGGCUGGACGAGGUGACGGCAACAUCCGAUACUUUGAGCUUGAGAAUGACAAGUUCGAGUUCCUCUCCGAGCACAAGUCUGCAGACCCCCAGCGCGGCGUUGCCUUCAUGCCCAAGCGUGGCGUGAACAUGCACGAGAACGAAGUUGCUCGUGCCUACAAGACCGUCAAUGAUCAAUACAUCGAACCCGUUUCCUUCAUCGUCCCCCGGCGCUCUGAGACCUUCCAGGACGACAUCUAUCCGCCGACCACCGGUCUCGCCCCAGCCAUGUCCUCAUCCGAAUGGCUGAAUGGCAAGGAGGCUCUUCCUCCCAAGAUCUCCAUGGCCAGCCUCUUCGAGGGCGAGGGUAUCAAGGAGGUGACAGGAGUGGAGGACAGGCCGACUGGUUCCAUCGAUGCCCCUGCGCCCAAAGCCGAGGAGGUACCCAAGCCAGUCGAGGCUCCCAAGGAGACUCCUAAGCCUACUCCCUCCAAGGCUGCCCCCGAACCCGUCGCAGAACCCACCCCUAUUGCGCGCCCCGCCCCAUCGAUGAAGGAGCAGGGAGCUUCAAUGGCCGCCAUGGUGAACAAGUUCGCCGAUGGUGAAGAGGAGGCCAGCGCGUCAGACGAUGACGAUUCGAGCUUCGAGGAGGUUCCCAAGCCCGUCGAGCGUCCCACUCGAUCUGUCCCGGCGGAACAACCCUCUCCCAAAGUCAGCAGUCCCAUAAGGCCAAAGGAGGUUGAGGCCAAGCCUCAGCCUACUGUGACUUCCUCUAUUGCCCCCUCUCCCGCUACCGGAUCCGCUUCACCACCCACUUCCAUUCCUAAGAGCGACAUCGACGAGAUCAAGAGCCUGAUCGCUGAGCAGACCAAGACCAUUGCAUCUCAGGCCCAGCAAAUGCAAACGCUGACCGCUGAGAUCGAGGCAUUAAAAGCCAAGCUGAAUUAG